AUGAAGAAGAGCCUCAACGAGCGGGAGUUCUUGGCCGCGGGGGUCUACCAGGCGAUGCACCCGUCACUGGCUGACGGACUAAAGGUGGAUAAGAAGGGAAUAGAAUCCGCCAAGGCUCGGUUACAAGACGAAAUCAAAAAGUGCAACGAGGAGCUUGCAGUUAUAGAGGCCGAAGAAAGAACGCUUAUUGCUAGGAAAAACGAGAUAAUAGCGGAGUUUACCGAGGCUAGGGAUGCAUAA